ACCCACUCUGCAAUCUCACUCUGAAUGAUGGAUAUUUUGAAAUCGUUAAUACAACAUGGCUGCAGACAAACAACAAAACUUGUCCCGAUGGAUCCGAAAUCUCUAUUCCUCACCAGGGUCCGAGUGAGCAAUACUGGGAUAAAGUGGCUUUACGCCGUUCAAGUUCAGUGGAUGAGACUGGGGAGAUAGUCUGGCAUUUAGCCCUCUGUCUGCUUCUGACCUGGCUAAUAGUUGGGGCAACGUUAUCAAAAGGAAUCAAAUCUUCAGGAAAGGUGGUUUAUUUCACUGCGACACUUCCUUUUGUGAUUCUCGUCAUCCUCCUGAUCCAAGGGCUUACACUGGAAGGAGCCUCUGAAGGGAUUGAAUUCUACAUUGGAAGACAAUCAGACUUCACCAAACUGACUGAGGCUCAGGUCUGGAUAGAUGCUGCAGUUCAAAUUUUCUUUUCUUGUACAGUGGGUUCUGGCCUCUUAAUAACACUGUCUUCAUACAACAAAUUCCAUAACAACAGUUAUCAAGACACCAUCAUUGUCUGUGUUGUUAAUUCUCUCACGAGUUUUUUUGCUGGAUUUGUCAUCUUCUCCAAUCUUGGACACAUGGCUCAUGUCCAAAACAAGACUGUUUCAGACAUUGCACAGUCAGGUAAAUGCAGAAUCAAACUUAACAACAUCUGUUAA